AUGCCCAAAGCUGAGGUUGGCUCGACCAAGCACUUGAGCAACAGGCUCAAGUCAAAGGGUCUCCAACGUCUAAGAUGGUACUGCCAAGUCUGCGAAAAGCAGUGCCGCGAUGCCAAUGGGUUCAAGAUGCAUACUCAGUCCGAAGGCCACGUGCGCCAAAUGCUCGUCGUCGGCGAAGAUCCGAAAAAGUACAUCAACCAAUACAGCGACGAGUUCCUAAAGGACUUCCUGCAGCUGUUGAAGACGGGCCACGGAGAGAAGCAAGUGCAGAUCAACCAGUUUUACCAAGAGUACAUUGCCAACAAAGAACAUAUUCACAUGAACGCGACGAAAUGGCCGUCGCUGACCGAGUUUGCCAAAUACCUGGGGAGAGAGGGAAUGUGUCGGGUGGAAGAGAACGAGAAGGGAUUUCACAUCAGCUGGAUCGAUAACUCCCCUGACGCCCUGCGGCGACAAGAGGCUUUGAGGAGGAAAGAAGCCCAAGAUCAAGGAGACGAAGAAAUCGAGCAACGCAUGAUUCGGGAACAAAUCAAACGAGCUGAGCAAGCCGCCGGCAAACGCGAUGCAGAAGCAGAAGAGGAACAAGAGGGUAGAGAACUCAAAAGGCAGGAUGGAGAGAAAAUCAAACUGUCAUUUGGUGCGAAACCUAAGCCAGAAGAGGCCCAGAAACCUCCUGAGGAGAAGCCAGAGGGGUCAAAGGACGCCGACAAGGUCGAGCAAGCAGAUUCCGAUGCCCCGAACGAACAGCCAAAGCCAGUCGCGAGCAAAGGGGGUUUCGGCGGAAUAUCAUUAAAGCUUGGUGACAAGCCACAGACGAAAAACGUGUUUGUCCAAGCAAAGAAGAACGCGUUAGCUUCAGGGUCGAAGAAGGCAUCUUUAAUACAGCAGCCUAAGAAGAUGAGCGAAGCCGAGAGGAUUAUGAAAGAGGAAAUGGAAAGGAAAAGGCCAAGCGGUUCAGUUGGUUUUGGAAUGCCCAGUGGCAAAAAGCAAAGGAAUCAUUAA